UGGGGCGGGGGGGCGGCUGCACCCUCACCUCACACAUCUGCAAUUCCUGUGACAGAGUAAAGGUCUAAGGCCCCUUCUGGAAAAGAGGGCAGCAGAGCCAGGAUGGGGUGCGGUCUUGGUGGGAGACACUGGGAACCCUAAUGAGAACUUCUCCAUGCCCCCCAACCCUCUCUCUGCCCCACACCUGGGGCCCAGAGCAGAGGGGGUGGGGAGCAUCGCACUCCCCAAUCUGGUGGCACCUGGACCAGGGGGCACAGCAGGUGCUCAGGAGGGCUGGUGAGGCCUCCAGACCAGGUGGCCCCCACCCUGUGGGAGAUGAGAGAUUAGAGUCAGUGGAAGGACACCCCCGGGGGCCCCUCUGGAGGGAGGCAGGCCAGAGCCACAGUAGGGAAGGUGGCGGUCCUGGGCGGCUCCUGGCAAGGCCUGACAGGACACAGAGCCCGAGCCCUCCUGCCUUGGAGCUUCCCAGAGCGACAGUGUGUGCAGUGAGGGCAAUGACAGGCCAGACGCCCCCAGUCCCCGGACGCCUGCCGGUGGACUCAAGGGGCAGGUGGGCAGGGACCAGGCUGAGGAGGGAGUCCCGCUUCCCCAGGAGAGACGGUGAUGGUCACCCCGCUGGGCGUGGGCUCCCCAGAACAGAGGCUGCAUAUCAGCCCCUCCUCAGGGAGCAGGCCUGUGGCAGGCAGGUCCGCCAGGUGGCAGGGGCACAAGGAGCAGGACUGGCCUCUGACACCCCGCACGGGAGGCCGGGUCCCCGGGUCCUGCACGGCUUCCCCGGGACACCUGCAUGUGACAGAGCCCUGUCUUCUGACACCUGUGCCCGCCUGUCCCUCCACAGGGCCAUCUCCUGCAUGCUGGAAAUAUGGCUGGAUUAUUAUGGGGACGACUUUUGUCAGCUCCCCGAAUUUCCCUCCCUUAUGAAAAUUCUGCAAUUCGUAAGACAGCACAUGCCAGGUUCAGACGUGGAACUCCGUGCCCGGCGUAACCUCCAGCAAUUCAGACGCCUCCAUACAGUGGAGCCAGAGGCUGGGGCUUCAGCCCAAGGAAAACACCCUGAAGCAGCUCAGGAGCAAGUCCCAGCUCUGACCGUGGGGACUGCUGCCCCGUCGGGGCCUGCGGGGAUCCAGGCCGUCCCGGCUGCUGGGGCUGAGGGCUCGGCCCGCGCUGAAGCGCCCGCUGGGGAGGUGAAGCCCCUGCAGAUAGUGGUCACUGCUCUAGUUCACUGCUCCGCCCUGGAGGAGCCCCCUGCACCCGCGGCCACCCCAGAGGAGGAGCAGGCCCCGGCACCUGCAAUCGGGGUCCCCAGAGUGCCAGAGCCGCCACCUGCAUCUGGAACAACUGGCUUCGACCCCUGAGCUCGCCCCAGCUCCCAACGCAGGGCUCGUGGUGGCUGCAGCCCAACGGAGGCUUGCCCUCCCCUGGCAUUUCACUGUUUCUAUAUUUUCCAUUUUUCUUUAACCUUUAACCUGUAUAAUGGCUUAUGAGUUUUAUUGUAAUAAAGGAUAAGUUAACU